CGGCGUGCGAGGGGCGGCUCGUGCCACGGUCGCCUGGCGCUGCCCAACAUGGAGGUGGCACCGGCCUGGGGCGUCCCCUCCGAGCGAGACUGAUCGCUUCCCGGCGUUGCGUGCCGCGGCGCCCCGUGCGGAGCCCGGGGCCGCAGCUGCCGGCACGCCCCGCGGCGGACCCCAGCUCCGGACGCAGCGCCAGCAACGAGCGCGGCGGCUCCGCGUCCACCUGAGCCAUGGGCAACGAGGCGAGCUUGGAAGGGGAAGGGCUGCCUGAAGAGCUGGCGGCGGCGAGUCCCGCGCACGCCGCGCUCCCGGCCGGCAUGGAGGCGGACCUGAGCCGGUUGAGCGAAGACGAGAGGAGACAGAUCGCCGCUGUCAUGUCAAGGGCGCAGGGGCUGCCCAAGGGAGGCGUCCCCCCGGCCGCUGCGGAGUCGCCUUCCACGCACAGGAAACAAGAGUUGGAUAGCAGUCAUCCUCCUAAGCAACCAGGAAAACCACCAGACCCUGGGCGUCCAGUUCAGCCUGGUCUCAGUAAAAGUAGAACUACAGACACUUUGAGGUCAGAGCAGAAAUUGCCUGGAAGGAGUCCUUCCACUAUUAGCUUGAAAGAAUCAAAGUCCAGGACUGAUUUUAAGGAAGAGCACAAAUCUAGUAUGAUGCCUGGCUUCCUCUCAGAGGUUAACCCUUUAAGUGCUGUCUCCUCUGUUGUAAAUAAAUUCAACCCUUUUGAUUUGAUAUCAGACUCUGACACAUCACAGGAAGAAACCGCCAAGAAACAAAAAGUAGCUCAGAAGGAGCAAGGAAAACCGGAAGGAAUCACAAAAGCUCCAUCACAACAGUCACCCAAGCCAGUUCCUAAGCAACAAGGGCCUGUUAGGGACCCAAUUCAGCAAGACAGCUCUCCUAGGUCAACAUCUUCUCAGCAACCAGAAAGAAUCAAAUCACAGCCUCCAGGUUCAGGAAAGCCGGGCCAGGGGCCUGCUCAGGUUUCUCAGACAGACCAGGCAAAAUUGCCACUUCAGCGAGAUGCAACGAGGCCUCAGACUAAACAGUCAGAUGUAGUAAAAGGAGAAUCUGUUAAGCCCUUAUCCAAACCUCCUGUUCAGCAAACAAGUUCUGGAAAGCCUCCACCUCAGCCUGGACCUGAAAAACCACAGCCUGGAGCUACAAAGCCACCUAUCCAGCAACCAGGGCUAGCAAAGUCCUUAGCUCAACAGCCAGGAACUGUGAAGCCCCUGGUCCAGCCACCAGGGACAGCAAAGCCUACAACUCAGCAGGCUGGGUCAGAGAAGCCUUCACCUCUGCAGCCUGGGUCUAAGUCUGUGGCUCAGCCUUCUGGGCUUGGAAAGACUCCAGCUCAACAGCCUGGGCCAGCAAAGUCCCCAGCCCAGCAGCCGGGGACACCGAAACCUCAAGCUCAACAACCUGGACCACAGUCUCCAGCUAAACCGUCUGGUCCAGUGAAGCCCCCAGCUCAGCAGCCAGGCCCAGCAAAGCCCCCAGCUCAGCAGCCAGGCCCAGCAAAGCCCCCAGCUCAAAAGGCUGGUCAAACAAAGCCCCCUCAACAGACUGGCCCAGCAAAGCCUGCGCCUCAGCAACCUGGCCCAGCAAAGCCCCCAGCUCAACAGCCUGGCCCGAUAAAGCCCUCAGCUCAGCAGUCUACAAAAACAGUCUGCCAAAUGGAACCUGGGAAACCUCCGCAGGCACCACCAACUCCAUCUGUAGCACAGACUCCAGUACAGGGCCUUCCUAAAACCAUCUGUCCUCUUUGCAAUACCACUGAACUUCUGUUGGAUGUUCCAGAAAAGGCCAAUUUUAACACGUGCACUGAGUGUCAAACCACUGUGUGUAGUCUCUGUGGCUUUAAUCCCAAUCCUCAUUUAACUGAGAUACAAGAGUGGCUCUGUUUAAACUGUCAGAUGCAGAGAGCUCUGGGAGGUGAUCUGGCUCCCCUUCCAUCUUCACCGCAGCCCAAACCACAGACUGCCCCUGUUUCUUCUCCAGCAGCACCGAGAAAGACAUCCCCACCAUCACAGCAGAGUUCCCCAAAGAAGGCUACUGCACCCAAAGAGGAUAUCCCAAAGGCUCCCGAAUCUAAAAAGCCGCCACCACUAGUGAAACAGCCAACCCUUCAUGGCUCUCCCCCAGCCAUGACCAAGCAGCUCCCUGUGGCAGAGUCCUCGUCCAAGCUGGCCACUCCCAAAGAACCUUCUGUCCCAUUGGAACAGGCCAAGGCCCCUGCUGAUGCUGAUAAAUCAAAGCAUCCCCAAACAGUGCAGCCACCCACAGGUGUUGAUGCUUUGUCAUCAGCAACAACAGCACCUGAUACCCUGAGCUCCAAAGUGCAAUCAGAGAGUCCAGUGAAAACAGCCCCUCCUCCAAAAACAGACUCUGCCAAACCUUCUCAAAGCUUUCCACCAACAGGGGAAAAAGUCACUCCAUUCGAUUCUCAGGUCAUCCCUCGACCUGCAUCAGAUUCAAAACUUACUUCACAUCCGGGGCCUGGUUCAGAGAGCAAAGGUCAAAAACAAGUUGAUCCAGUUCAAAAGAAGGAAGAACCUAAGAAGGCACCAACCAAAAUGAGUCCUAAACCAGAUGCCAAGCCAAUGCCAAAAGGGUCACCUGCAGCUGCUGGCUCACGACCUACCACUGGCCAAACUGCCCCUGCAUCUCAGCAGCCCCCAAAGCCUCAGGAGCAGGCAAGGCGUUUCAGUCUGACCCUGGGAAGUAUUACUGAUGCUCCUAAGUCACAGCCCACAACCCCUCAAGAAACCGUGACUGGGAAACUCUUUGGGUUUGGAGCAUCAAUCUUCAGCCAGGCAUCAAAUUUAAUUUCCACAGCUGGCCAGCCUGCACCUCACUCACAAGGUGGGCCAGGGGCCCCAACUAGACAAGCCCCUUCCCCUUCACAGCCACCUGCUUCUCAGGGGCCACCCAAAUCCACAGGUCAGGCACCGCCAUCACCUGCAAAGGUUACACCUGGGAAAAAGGAAUCAAAAGCUCCAGUAGCAGAAAAAUCAGCACCUAAAACAGAGCAGUCUCCAGCAGUUAAAAGAACAGAAGCAGAAAAGCAGCCCCCAGCAACUAAGGAUAGCAAACCUUCAGCAGCAGCUGGGCCUCCAAAAACUGUCCUUCCUCCUGAACCCAAGAAAGUCCCCAAGCCAGAAUCAGCCUGUCCUCUCUGCAAAACUGAACUCAACGUGGGAUCACAGGACCCUCCCAACUUCAACACUUGCACUGAGUGCAAGAAACAAGUAUGCAAUCUCUGCGGGUUCAACCCCACACCACACUUGACUGAGAUUCAAGAAUGGCUUUGUUUAAACUGCCAGACCCAGAGAGCAAUGUCAGGCCAGCUUGGAGACACGGGGAAGAUACUGCCAACGCCAACGGGACCCAAAGCCUCCCCUACGCCUCUCCCUACAGAGCCACCCUUGCAGAAAACAGCAGUGCCUGCCUCAGUAACAGUGAAAAAGAGGGAGCCAGAGGAAAAGACAGAAACCGAAAGACUCAUCCCAGAACAUAUAAAAGACACACCUUCAACUGAAAAAGUUCCCCCUCAGGUCACCAGAGAUCAGAAGCCAGAAAUGAGCACAGGGGACAAAGACAAAGCUUCAGGUCUUCAGGAAGAAAAGUUACCCUUGGAAGAAAAAAAGCCACUCCCAGAGGACAAGAAGGCAGCCCCUAAAGAGAAAAAGCCACCCCCCGAAGACGAGAAGUUACCCUUAGAGGGAAAAGCAUUGGUCCCAGAAGAAGAGAGACAUGAGGUGCAGCAAACCCAGGUCCAGGUUGCUGAAGAAAAGCCUGAAGACAGAUGGGCUCUGAAGACAGUGCAGGAAGAGAAAGAACCCCAGCCCCAGAAGGAAGAGCUGCCCUGUGGCACUCCUCUGACUUUGCCUGAGCAAGGUGACAGGAAGGCCAGAAAACCACAGGCAGCGCGCUUGGCCAAGCCAGAUCAGGUGGAACCAGGGAAAGAAAAAACAGAAAAGGAAGAUGACAAAUCAGACAUCUCAAGUCUUCAGCAACCUAAAAGCCCACAAGGUCUAAGCGACACAGGCUAUUCUUCUGAUGGGAUAUCGAGUUCACUUGGUGAAAUUCCAAGCCUUAUUCCAAGUGAUGAAAAGGACUUGCUCAGGGGACUGAAAAAGGACUCUUUCUCACAAGAAAGCAGCCCUACCAGCCCCUCAGAUCUGGCUAAGUUAGAAAGCACAGUCCUUUCCAUUUUGGAAGCGCAGACAAGUACAUUUGUUGCUGGGAAGUCAGAAAAGAAAUCACAACCCCAUGAGAUUUCACCUGAGCAGCUUACAGACCAGCCAAAAAUUCAUACUGGCCCCGAAACCCUGGAAAUUGCGAUUUCAGGGGAGGAGCUCAAGGAGAGUCAGGAAGAAAAGAAAGACACUUUUAAACAAGAUGCCCAGCAAGGCAUUCCUGCCAGUAAGGACUACAAAGCAAAGUUUGAGUUUGUUGAGGACACAACUACCAGAAGACAGCUUUAUGAUUCCGUGGAAGACAGUAGUGAGAGUGAAAACUCGCCUGUGCCGCAAAGAAAACGGAGAACGAGCGUCGGUUCCUCAAGCAGCGAUGACUAUAAACAAGAGGACAGCCAAGGAUCUGGGGAGGAGGAGGACUUCAUUCGGAAGCAAAUCAUAGAGAUGAGUGCUGACGAAGACGCCUCCGGGUCUGAAGAUGAUGAGUUUAUCAGGAACCAGCUCAAAGAGAUCAGCAGUACUGAGAGCCAGAAGAAGGAAGAGAUGAAAGGCAAAGGGAAGAUAGUAGCAGGCAAACACAGAAGGAUAACUCGGAAAAGCAGUGCAAGCUUUGACGAUGAGGCAGGGAGACGGCAUUCGUGGCAUGAUGAAGACGAUGAAACAUUCGACGAGAGUCCUGAGCUUAAAUUCCGAGAGACUAAAAGUCAGGAGAGUGAAGAACUUGUGGUCACCGGAGGAGGUGGGCUCCGUCGGUUCAAAACCAUAGAACUCAACAGCACAAUAGCAGAGAAAUAUUCCGCUGAGCCUCCCCAGAAAAAAACAACUUUGUAUUUUGACGAAGAGCCAGAGUUAGAAAUGGAAAGUCUGACGGACUCACCGGAAGACAGGUCCAGGGGCGAGGGAUCUUCCAGUCUCCAUGCUUCCAGCUUCACUCCUGGCACGUCCCCUACAUCAGUGUCAUCGCUCGAUGAGGACAGUGACAGUAGCCCCAGCCACAGGAAAGGAGAGAGCAAGCAGCAACGUAAGGCUCGGCACAGACCACACGGCCCACUGUUACCUACCAUUGAAGAUUCUUCAGAGGAAGAAGAACUGAGGGAGGAGGAGGAGUUGCUGAAAGAGCAGGAAAAGCAGCGGGAAUUAGAACAGCAACAAAGAAAGAGUUCGAGUAAGAAAUCCAAGAAAGACAAGGAUGAACUCCGAGCUCAGAGAAGGCGGGAGAGACCAAAGACACCACCCAGUAACCUCUCUCCCAUCGAAGAUGCCUCUCCCACGGAAGAAUUACGUCAGGCUGCAGAAAUGGAGGAGCUCCACAGGUCUUCUUGUUCUGAAUAUUCACCUAGCAUAGAAUCAGACCCCGAAGGUUUUGAAAUAAGCCCAGAAAAAAUAAUCGAAGUACAAAAAGUGUAUAAAUUGCCCACAGCUGUGUCUUUGUACUCACCAACUGACGAACAAGUUCUUAUGCAUAAAGAAGGUGAUCAAAAGGCCUUAAAAAGUGCUGAGGAGAUGUAUGAAGAAAUGAUGCAUAAAACCCACAAAUAUAAAGCUUUUCCAGCUGCAAACGAACGAGACGACGUGUUUGAAAAAGAGCCUUUGUACGGCGGGAUGUUGAUAGAAGAUUAUAUUUAUGAGUCGUUAGUAGAGGAUGCGUACAAUGGAUCGGUAGAUGGCAGUCUGCUAACUAGGCAAGAGGAGGAAAAUGGAUUUCUACAACAGAGAGGAAGAGAGCAAAAAAUAAGACUUCAAGAACAAAUUUAUGAAGACCCUAUGCAGAAAAUUGCAGACCUCCAGAAAGAGUUUUAUGAGUUAGAAAGUUUACAUGCUGUUGUGCCUCAGGAAGACAUUGUUUCAAGCUCCUUUAUCAUUCCAGAAAGCCAUGAGAUAGUGGAUCUGGGUUCCAUGGUAACUUCUACCAGUGAAGAAAAAAAGCUGCUGGAUGCUGAUGCUGCCUAUGAAGAACUGAUGAAGAGGCAGCAGAUGCAGUUGACGCCUGGAGCCAGCCCAACGCAGCUGCCCGUUGUGGACGAUAUGACAGAGGCCACCGUGGAUUUUGACAGAGUGCCUGAUGCAUCUUUGACAUCCAGUGUUCUCUCGGGAGCAUCUCUUACAGAUUCCACCAGCAGUGCAACACUGUCUAUCCCAGAUGUUAAAAUAACCCAACAUUUUUCAGCGGAAGAAAUUGAAGAUGAAUAUGUCACUGAUUACACCAGAGAAAUUCAGGAGAUAAUUGCCCAUGAGUCACUGAUUUUGACCUACUCAGAGCCUUCAGAAAGUGCUACAUCUGUCCCACCCUCUGAUACACCUUCUCUCACCUCAUCUGUUUCUUCAGUUUGCACCACAGAUAGCUCCUCACCCAUCACCCUAGACAGCAUAACCACAGUUUAUACAGAGCCCGUGGACACAAUACCUAAAUUUGAAGACUCCGAGGAAGUUUCUUCAUCGACUUACUUUCCAGGCAGCAUUAUAGACUACCCAGAGGAAAUCAGUAUGUCUUUAGAUAAGUCUGCCACAUCAGAAGGCAGAACUAGUGCUGAUCAUAUUGUGAUUUCCUUAUCUGAUAUGGCACCUUCUAUCACAGAAGCUGUAGGAGCCAAACCUGAGAAGCCAAUGGCUGACACCAUUUCUACUGACUUACCUGCAUCUGAAAAAGAUUCGGUGAAAAAAACCAAGAUGGAAACUGGCAAUGGAAUUAUUCUGGAAGUUUUGGAAGCUUCCAAAGAUAAAAGGAAGGAGUCCGAGGCUGCGCUAACAAAAAUGAGCUCACCUGAAACCAUAUUUGUCCAGCCACCUUCUUCUAUGAUAGCCCCUCCCAUGAAGGAGCAGCUUUCAUCUCCGUACUUUUUACCCGGAGAGGUCUUUGCUCAGGAAAAACCUGCUUCUCAGUUAGCAUCUGGCAGCCCUUCUGUUACCUCUCUUCCCACUAAAACCCGCCCAUUCUUCCGAAGUUCUUCUUUGGACAUAUCAGCUCAACCUCCACCUCCUCCCCCUCCGCCUCCUCCUCCUCCAUUGCCUCCACCAACUUCACCUAAACCAACUAUUCAUCCUAAAAAAAACCUAACAAUUACAGCUCCAGUGACUCUAGCUGCUUCAGCUGCGCCUCUGGUUGAUGCCAUUAGCACUGUCGAGACCACAGCCGUGCAGAGGGGUAGUGGAUUACCUGUAACAAAAUUAUGUGCCACCGCGCCUCCUCCUGUUCCUCCCAAGCCUUCUUCAAUUCCAUCUGGCCUUGUAUUUACACAUAGGCCUGAGCCAAGCAAACCUCCAAUUGCCCCUAAACCGUCCAUUCCUCAGCCGCCUGUAACAACACAAAAACCAACAGAAAUACAGCCAAAACCAGCAGGUCUGUCUUUAACUUCAAGUAUGACCUUAAAUUUAGUGACUUCUGCAGACUAUAAAUUACCCUCCCCAACUUCCCCACUUUCCCCACACUCUAACAAGUCAUCACCAAGAUUUUCAAAAUCCCUUAUGGAAACUUACGUGGUUAUUACACUGCCAUCUGAACCUGGGACUCCAACAGAUUCUGCAGCUAGUCAAGCAAUCACCAGUUGGCCCUUGGGAUCGCCCCCUAAAGACCUGGUUUCUAUUGAGCCGGUGUUUUCUGUGCUUCCUCCUCUGACAGGUGCAGAGAUUCCAAGUUCUUCAGAACAGAUACAGUAUAGCUCAGGAGUUCUGGAGACACUCUCUGCUGCCCCUGUUAGGGUACCACCUUCAUUUCAAGCAUCGCCACCAUCAGUUGCACAGCUUCUCACAGCCGCAGUUUCCAAGGCGGGGGUUUCGGCAGCCAGGAGCACAGUCCCUCCUGUGAGUCUCAGCAGUGUUUCUAUAUCGAUCCCUCCAGAACCUCUUGCUCUAGAUGACCUGCAUUCAGAGAAGCUUCAGUAUAAGGAAAAUGGAACAUUGCAGCUGGUUGGUGAUGUUAUGGAUUUGCGUACAGUACCAAAAGUAGAAGGUAAAGCAACUGAAAAAGGUAUGGAUCUCUCUGCUCCCACGAUGGAUGUGAAAAGGCAGACUACAUCCAGUGAAGUUUAUGGGAGGCAAAUCAGUGCAGUCCAACCCUCUGUUAUAAAUCUCAGUGCAACUUCAUCAGUAAUGACUCCGAUAUCCCUGGACACGGAAGCAGUGACAGUCGUCACAUGCACAGCUAGUGCAAGUUACACUGCAGGUACAGAAAGCCUAGUUAGUUUAGAACACGCAAUGACAAAGCCACUUGAGCUUACCACAUCAAAGCAUACUGAGCCCCCAUACAGGAUGCCAAGUAGCCAGGUCUUUCCUAUGGUUAGGGAGGAAGCACCCAUAAACUUAUCUCUAGGUACUUCAGCACAUGCUGUGACAUCUGCUGUUCCAAAACCUGUCACUGUGCCUCCUGGAGCCACAAAUGGAUGGUCUGAUAGCACCAUAUCCCAGGGAAUCCCUGAUGGAGAAGUAGUGGAUCUCAGUACAACAAAGUCUCAUAGAACUGUCGUAACAAUGGAUGAAUCUACUUCAAGUGUGGUGACUAAAAUUGUAGAAGAUGAUGAAAAGCCUGUUGAUUUGACUGCAGGAAGGAGAGCGGUGUGCUGUGAUGUGGUUUAUAAGUUACCUUUUGGAAGGAGCUGCACUGCACAGCAGCCUGCAACUACUCUUCCCGAGGAUCGUUUUGGUUAUAGAGAUGACCACUAUCAAUAUGACCGAUCAGGGCCAUAUGGUUAUAGAGGGAUUGGAGGAAUGAAACCUUCCAUGUCUGACACUAACUUAGUGGAAGCUGGACACUUUUUCUAUAAAAGUAAGAAUGCUUUUGAUUAUUCUGGAGGAGCUGAUGCAGCAGUAGAUCUAACUUCAGGGAGAAUUACUACAGGUGAGGUAAUGGACUAUUCAAGCAAGACGACAGGUCCAUAUCCAGAAACCCGACAAGUCAUUUCAGGAGUUGGGAUUAGUACCCCACAGUAUUCCACAGCAAGAAUGACUCCACCUCCAGGACCCCAGUAUGGUGUGGGGAGUGUUCUGAGGUCAUCUAAUGGCAUUGUCUAUUCUUCAGUAGCAACUCCAAUACCUUCCACAUUUGCUAUCACCACACAGCCUGGCUCCAUCUUCAGCACUACUGUUAGGGAUUUGUCUGGUCUUCAUACCACGGAUGCAGUGGCUUCAUUAUCUGCCCUUCAACAGAGCCAGCCAAUGCCUAGAACAUAUUUCAUGACAACAGGUGCAUCCGAAACAGACAUUGCAGUAACUGGCCCUGAUAUCAAUGCCAGUUUGCAAACUAUUGCUAUGGAGACUCUUACUGCCGAAACAAUAGACUCUCUUCCCACUUUAACCACAGCAUCUGAAGUAUUUUCUGAAGUGGUGGGAGAUGAAAGUACUCUUUUAAUUGUCCCUGAGGAAGAUAAACAGCAGCAGCAACUUGACUUGGAGCGUGAGCUCUUAGAACUGGAGAAAAUUAAGCAACAGCGCUUUGCUGAGGAAUUGGAGUGGGAACGCCAGGAGAUCCAAAGGUUUCGAGAACAAGAAAAGAUCAUGGUUCAAAAAAAGCUGGAGGAGCUGCAGUCUAUGAAGCAGCACCUUCUCUAUCAGCAGGAAGAAGAACGGCAAGCACAGUUCAUGAUGAGGCAGGAGACAUUAGCUCAGCAGCAGCUGCAGCUGGAGCAGAUUCAGCAGCUGCAGCAGCAGCUUCACCAGCAGCUCGAGGAGCAGAAGAUUCGCCAGAUCUACCAGUAUAACUAUGAUCCUUCUGGAACUGCUUCCCCACAGACCACCACAGAGCAGGCAAUUUUGGAGGGUCAGUAUGUGGCCCCAGAAAGCAGUCAGUUUUGGGCAGCUGAAGAUGCCACCACCACAGCAUCCGCUGUGGUGGCAAUUGAAAUACCGCAGAACCAAGGAUGGUACACAGUUCAGUCUGACGGUGUCACUCAGUACAUCGCCCCACCUGGCAUCCUGAGCACCGUGUCAGAAAUACCUCUGACCGAUGUUGUUGUAAAAGAGGAGAAACAACCCAAAAAGAGAAGUUCUGGAGCCAAAGCCCGUGGGCAGUAUGAUGAGAUAGGAGAAAAUAUGGCAGACGAUCCCAGAUGUUUUAAGAAGAUAGUGGACAGUGGUGUACAAACUGAUGACGAAGAUGCUGCAGAUCGGAGUUAUGUGAGUAGGAGGAGGAGAACUAAAAAAAGUGUUGAUACCAGCGUGCAAACUGAUGAUGAAGAUCAGGAUGAAUGGGAUAUGCCUUCUAGAGCAAGGAGAAAAGCUCGGGUAGGGAAAUACAGUGACAGCACAGCAGAGGCUGACAAGACCAAACCCAUUUCCAAGGUCUCCAGCGUAGCAGUUCAAACAGUAGCAGAGAUAUCUGUGCAAACCGAACCAGUUGGAACCAUAAGAACACCUUCCAUACGAGCACGAGUGGAUGCCAAGGUAGAAAUAAUUAAACACAUUUCAGCACCUGAAAAGACUUACAAAGGGGGCAGUUUAGGAUGUCAAACAGAAGCAGAUGCAGACACACAAAGUCCUCAAUAUCUGAGUGCCACAUCUCCACCUAAAGACAAGAAACGCCCAACACCUUUAGAGAUCGGUUAUUCAUCUCACCUUCGGGCAGAUUCCACACUGCAGCUGGCUCCUUCCCCACCCAAAUCUCCAAAAGUCCUUUAUUCACCCAUCUCACCACUUUCACCAGGCAAAGCCUUAGAAUCAGCCUUUGUACCUUAUGAAAAACCCCUCCCUGAUGAUAUAAGUCCACAGAAAGUACUGCAUCCAGAUAUGGCUAAAGUUCCCCCAGCAAGUCCUAAGACAGCCAAGAUGAUGCAGCGUUCUAUGUCUGACCCCAAGCCUCUGAGUCCAACAGCAGACGAAAGUUCCAGGGCUCCUUUUCAGUAUACCGAGGGCUUCACGACAAAGGGUUCUCAAACCGUGACACCAUCUGGCACUCAGAAAAAAGUUAAGAGAACUCUGCCAAAUCCACCUCCUGAGGAAGCUUCCACAGGAGCUCAGUCAACGUACAGCACAAUGGGCACCGUUUCCAGGAGAAGGAUCUGUAGGACCAAUACGAUGGCUCGAGCCAAGAUUCUCCAGGACAUAGACAGAGAGCUUGAUCUUGUGGAACGGGAAUCUGCGAAGCUUAGAAAGAAACAAGUGGAACUUGAUGAAGAAGAAAAGGAGAUUGAUGCCAAGCUGCGGUACUUGGAAAUGGGAAUUAACAGGAGGAAAGAGGCAUUACUAAAGGAGAGAGAAAAGAGAGAGCGAGCCUACCUGCAAGGCGUAGCGGAGGAUCGUGAUUACAUGUCUGACAGUGAAGUGAGCACUGCCAGACCAACCCGAAUAGAAAGUCAGCAUGGUAUUGAACGACCCAGAACUGCUCCUCAACCCGAAUUCACCCAGUUUAUACCACCACAAACCCAAACAGAAUCUCAGCUAGUUCCUCCUACAAGUCCUUACACACAAUACCAAUACUCUUCCCCUCCUCUUCCUACCCAAGCACCCACCCCGUACACCCAGCAAUCCCAUUUUCAGCAACAAACGUUGUACACUCAGCAGGUUUCACCUUAUCAGACUCAGCCAACAUUCCAAGCUGUGGCAACAAUGUCCUUCACACCUCAAGCGCAACCUACACCAACCCCACAACCUUCUUACCAGUUACCGUCACACAUGAUGGUAAUUCAGCAGAAGCCACGGCAGACUGCAUUGUAUCUAGAGCCCAAGAUAACUUCAAACUAUGAAGUGAUUCGCAACCAGCCUCUGAUGAUAGCACCUGCUUCUACUGAUAACACAUAUGCUGUUUCCCAUCUUGGUAGUAAAUACAAUACUUUAGACUUGAGAAUAGGUUUGGAGGAAAGAAGUAGCAUGGCAAGCAGUCCUAUAUCCAGCAUAUCUGCAGAUUCUUUCUAUGCAGAUAUUGACCAUCAUACUUCACGUAACUAUGUUUUAAUUGAUGACAUUGGAGAAAUUCCCAAAGGUACAGCAGCAUUAAGCACUGCAUUUAGUCUUCAUGAAAAGGAUCUGUCAAAAACGGACCGUCUGCUCCGAACCACUGAGACUCGUAGAUCUCAAGAAGUGACAGAUUUCCUAGCACCUUUACAGACUUCUUCCAGAUUACAUAGUUAUGUGAAAGCAGAGGAAGACCCAAUGGAGGAUCCCUAUGAGUUGAAGCUUCUGAAACAGCAGAUUAAACAAGAAUUCCGUAGAGGGACGGAGAGUUUAGAUCACCUUGCUGGUCUCUCACAUUAUUAUCAUGCAGAUACUAGCUAUAGACAUUUUCCAAAAUCUGAAAAAUAUAGCAUCAGUAGACUCACACUUGAAAAACAAGCAGCAAAACAGCUACCAGCAGCCAUACUGUAUCAAAAGCAGUCAAAGCAUAAGAAAUCACUAAUUGACCCCAAAAUGUCAAAAUUUUCACCUAUUCAAGAAAGUAGAGACCUAGAACCUGAUUAUUCAAGCUAUAUGACUUCAAGUACUUCAUCUAUUGGUGGGAUUUCUUCAAGGGCAAGACUUCUUCAAGAUGAUAUCACUUUUGGCCUUAGAAAAAAUAUUACAGACCAGCAAAAAUUUAUGGGAUCAUCUCUUGGCACAGGACUGGGCACAUUAGGGAAUACUAUACGGUCAGCUCUGCAGGAUGAAGCAGAUAAGCCUUACAGUAGUGGCAGCAGGUCCAGACCUUCCUCCAGACCUUCUUCUGUUUAUGGGCUUGAUUUGUCAAUUAAAAGAGACUCUUCCAGCUCCUCACUAAGACUGAAAGCUCAAGAGGCUGAAGCUCUAGAUGUUUCCUUCACUCAUGCCUCACCAUCUUCAAGAACUAAGCCUACUAGUUUGCCAAUUAGCCAGAGUAGAGGAAGAAUACCAAUUGUGGCCCAGAAUUCUGAAGAAGAAAGUCCACUCAGUCCUGUUGGCCAACCAAUGGGAAUGGCAAGGGCUGCAGCUGGACCCUUGCCGCCAAUAUCAGCAGAUACCAGGGAUCAGUUUGGGUCAAGUCAUUCAUUGCCUGAAGUUCAGCAACAUAUGAGAGAAGAAUCAAGGACUCGUGGCUAUGACCGCGACAUAGCAUUCAUCAUGGACGACUUCCAACAUGCCAUGUCAGAUAGUGAAGCCUAUCACCUGCGUCGUGAGGAAACAGAUUGGUUUGAUAAACCCAGGGAGUCUCGUUUGGAAAAUGGACACGGUCUGGACCGAAAACUGCCAGAAAGAUUGGUCCACUCUAGACCACUCAGUCAACAUCAAGAGCAAAUUAUCCAGAUGAAUGGGAAGACUAUGCACUACAUCUUUCCUCAUGCCAGGAUAAAAAUAACAAGAGACUCUAAGGAUCACACAGUUUCAGGUAAUGGAUUAGGAAUUAGAAUUGUGGGUGGCAAAGAAAUCCCUGGACAUAGUGGAGAAAUUGGAGCCUAUAUUGCCAAGAUUCUUCCUGGGGGAAGUGCAGAACAGACAGGGAAACUUAUGGAAGGGAUGCAAGUAUUGGAAUGGAAUGGAAUUCCUUUAACUUCUAAAACAUAUGAAGAAGUGCAGAGUAUCAUUAGUCAGCAAAGUGGGGAAGCAGAAAUAUGUGUAAGACUGGACCUCAAUAUGCUAUCAGAUUCAGAAAAUCCUCAGCACCUGGAGCUUCAUGAGCCACCAAAAGCUGUGGACAAAGCGAAAUCCCCAGGAGUUGAUCCUAAGCAGCUGGCUGCAGAGCUCCAGAAGGUUUCGCUACAGCAGUCACCUCUGGUUCUGUCAUCGGUCGUUGAAAAAGGAUCUCACGUGCAUUCGGGUCCUACGUCAGCAGGAUCUAGUUCAGUCCCCAGCCCUGGGCAGCCAGGGUCACCCUCCGUGAGCAAAAAGAAGCACAGCAGCAGCAAGCCUACUGAUGCAACAAAAGUAGUCUCUCAUCCAAUUACGGGGGAAAUUCAGCUUCAAAUCAACUAUGAUCUUGGAAAUCUCAUAAUACAUAUUCUCCAAGCAAGAAACCUUGUUCCUCGUGACAAUAACGGUUAUUCUGACCCGUUUGUUAAAGUGUACCUGCUUCCAGGGCGAGGUCAAGUCAUGGUUGUCCAGAAUGCAAGUGCUGAGUACAAGAGAAGGACUAAAUAUGUUCAGAAAAGUCUUAACCCUGAGUGGAAUCAGACAGUAAUUUAUAAAAGCAUUUCCCUGGAACAGCUCAAGAAGAAAACACUGGAGGUGACAGUUUGGGAUUAUGAUAGAUUUUCUUCCAAUGACUUCCUUGGGGAGGUACUGAUUGACUUAUCUAGCGCAUCUCACCUUGAUAACACUCCCAGGUGGUAUUCUCUCAAAGAACAAACAGAAAGCAUUGAUCAUGGCAAGUCUCACUCCAGUCAGAGCAGCCAGCAGUCCCCAAAGCCAUCUGUCAUCAAGAGCAGAAGCCAUGGUAUCUUCCCUGACCCAUCCAAGGACAUGCAGGUUCCCACUAUUGAGAAAUCCCACAGUAGUCCUGGUAGCUCAAAGUCCUCAUCUGAAGGCCAUCUCCGCUCUCAUGGACCAUCCCGCAGUCAAAGCAAAACCAGCGUCACUCAGACCCACCUGGAAGAUGCAGGGGCUGCCAUAGCCGCUGCCGAAGCCGCCGUGCAACAACUCCGCAUUCAACCAACCAAUGGCAACCAAGACCAAAGCCAGCUAGCCCUCAGGAAGGUGAUGUCUGAUGGACCAGUCAAGCCAGAAGGAGCAAAGCCUACCAAUCACCGUCCUGCAGAAGGCUCCGUGUCCACUGGCUCCUCGGGCAGCAGCUUUGGCAGUGGGUAUAGCAUGGACAGCGAGGGAAGCAGCAGCACUACAGGAGAGACUAAUCUAUUUCCUAUUCCAAGGAUAGGGAAGAUGGGACAGAAUGGACAAGAGCCUGUAAAACAGCCAGGAGUAGGAGUAGGACUAGCAGAUACUGAGGUUAAAACUCAGGUAAUGGGAGAAAUUAAGAUCGCAUUGAAAAAGGAAAUGAAAACAGAUGGUGAACAGCUAAUAGUUGAAAUUCUCCAAUGCAGAAACAUCACCUACAAAUUUAAGUCUCCUGAUCAUUUACCAGAUUUAUAUGUGAAACUAUAUGUAAUGAACAUCUCUACCCAAAAAAAGGUGAUCAAGAAAAAAACAAGAGUAUGUAGACAUGAUCGAGAGCCCUCAUUCAAUGAGACUUUUAGAUUCAGUCUAAGUCCAGCUGGACAUUCUCUUCAGAUUUUACUUUUCUCCAAUGGAGGGAAGUUUAUGAAAAAGACCUUGAUUGGUGAAGCUUGUAUCUGGCUUGACAAAGUGGAUCUCAGAAAAAGAAUAGUCAACUGGCACAAACUUUUGGUCAGUUCUACUCAAACGCACUGAAGAAAUGUGUUUGCUCAGGGUGCAGAAACUGGUCUACAUAACCUCAUAUCAAGACUGUGGUUGGAUACUAUUGUGCCAAGCAGUGUUUUCAGUGGCAAACAUUAUGUGGGAAUGGAAGGCAAAAACAUAUGUUAAAGCCUUGGAAUUUUAUUAUGUGGAGCACAGAAAAUGACUCAAAUAAAAGAACUCACCAGUUGAAGACUGUAAAAUUAAAUAUAGCUGUGAGACCUAGGAUUUGUGAUGGCUGUCAAAUGAAACUAUGAGAGAAAUUUUGAUGACCUAAGGUAAAUAUGUUUGCACAAAGCUAAGUGUAGUUAAAGACAGAGACUCAAAGAUAAAUAUGGUUCCCAAUGCAGCACAAAGUUAAUCCUUAUGCAAAGAAACGUGGGUUGAAAGGAAAAAAGUGAUGAAACAAAUCUCAGUUUUCAAAAGUUCACACAGCCUUCUAUAUCCUAUUCGAUAAUUUAUGGUUUUGAGAUUCUGACAUAAGAUAAACGUACACUAUAUGUCUAGGACUGAAAGUGAGAUGGCUGGGUUCACGGGGAAAGUGAAACAGGAAAUGUAGAAAUUAUGGCUUCUUGACUGUACAAUAGUACAGAUUUUCUCUGUGUCAAAUGUUAAAAGAGUGUAAAAAUGACUUUCGGAAUCCAUGUGGUAAAAGCACACUUAUUUCAUUAUAAUUUUAAUAAUAUAAAGUGAAAAUCAUACUAGUAGAAAUGAAGUUACAUUUAUCUAGAAAUAAAACCAUGAUCAGUUAGCAAGGAAUGUUGCCCAACAAAAUAUUGGAACCUUGGAUUAAAACAUAAAAAUCUCCAUAAUUUAACCUUAAACUAUAGCAUUUUCAAUCUAGACACCGAAGGACCUAGAUUAAAUGGAUAUGUUCUAGGAAGCAUGAGAACUUGUUCUAUGUGGAACUGCAAAUAUAUGUGUUGUCCUACAUAUUUCCUUUCUCUUGAAUGAUAUAUUGACAGAGAAAGGAAAUUCUUCCUCUGACAAACAAAUCAUAUUAACCUUAUGACAUUGAUGAAUUAAAUAGGUGUCAUUUCCUGCUUUUCCAUAAUGAUUUUCCCUUAAUUCACUAACCAAUUGUAUGAUGAAAAUGCUGACACCAAAAUCAAGUUCUGUCUAGUGCUCUUUAUUCUUUCUUUGUUAACAAUAUUACGGUGAUCAAAUUAAUUGAUGGCGGGAAAAUACAUUAAAAUCAAUAUUUAUUGAGAUUAAAAUAUAUUUUGAAUGUAUUUUAAUAAUAUAGAAUGAAGCAACCAAUGUCUGAAUCACUAAAGUGAAGCAUUCUCUUCUCCAUCAGCCAACAAGAUGAAAGGAAAUCACAUGGAGUUGUGGAAAACACACUCUGCUGGGGUCAAAACUUGGCUUUUGUCUUCGUCCUGCCUAUGACCUUGCAGAUGUCACUUUGCAAAUGUCACUUAAACUCACUUUACCCCAGUUUCCUUAUCUAUAGGAUAAAAAUAAUUAUAUAUUACUAGCCUUCCUAAUAGGCUCUUGGGUUGAUCAAAUCAAGAAAUCUAUGAAAGAUGAAAGCACAUUUCCAAAUAUAGUUUUAUACACAGAAAUGAGGAAUGAUUAUUAUGUAGCUUUUUGAUUCUCAAAUUUUAUAUGUGAAAAACAUCCUCUAAACCAAUGACAAGCAUUGGCACGGACAAAAAUAAUAAAUUAGCUCCAAAACUUAUUUUUUAUUUAAAAUAUAAAUGUUCAUUUUACCUGAAAGAAGGUAAAUAAUUAAAUGAAAUUCAUUUGCAAAUCUUGUUAUCCUAAAUUCAGUGAACAAUACUGAUUUUAUCCCAUUUUCAUAUCCUGCCCGAAAUACACUAAAUUGCCUGUUAGAACAUUCUGAACUUAAAAGCUGCUGCUUUAUACAAGGAUUAGGUUUUAAUAGGAUUAGAGAAAACCACCUCCAAAAUAUUGGUUGGGUAUUGAAUUUUCUCAGAUUUUAGAGAAAAAAUACUUUAAUUCUGAGAAGAACAUAAAACACUAAAAACAGGAAUUUCUAAUGUGUCCUAGGCUAAAUCUUUAUUCUAUUCAUAAAGGAAGAGAAGUUUACUCUUCUCCAACCUAACCAAGAGAACCAUCUCUUUCUCUCCUCUGUUUUUAUUCCCCAUCCUAACAAUGCAAUGCCAUUGAUAUUAAUCAAAAAUGAGCAUGGGGGAGGCAAAUCAUCAGAGACAUGGGGUUGCUAGGAAUUUAUUUUUAGAAACUACUAGGUCUGCUGAUGGUUGCCAUGGAUAUUUCCAGCAGAAGUUAGCACUUGAGGAAACCUAUCAUCAUCACUCAUAAUUGGGGAGGUAAAAGAACCAAGAUCUCUUCUGGACAUAAAAAGGCUCUGCUCUUUGCCCUUAAAAGGAAACCCUGGCUCAUCUUUGGUCCUCUUCUGUAGCCACCUGCAUCCAGAGGUCUGCAUGAGAGGCCAUAUGAACACUUAGCCCACCUCAUGCUAGUUGCAAUUUCUUUUAGAAUAAUACAAAUGGAAGGACUACCCAAACAAAAAUCAUCCCUCAGUAGCUCAUUCACUUGAAAGAGUAGGAGUCUUGCAAUUGGAGAUGCUCCUCCAUUCCAAGGAGCUAGUGGUUGGGCCAGGUCCAUCAAGACAGUAAACAACAGAGCUUCUUUUCGUGCACCAGCAUACCUAUUUAGAGAGCAUAAGAUCCUGCCAGUGUGCCAAGUUGGCAGCAGACUGAACUCCUAGGUUGUACUGGAAUUAUUCUAUGCAACACUGUUCCUUAUAUGAGUGCGUUUCUUCUGAAUGAUGUUGAUUAUCCUUCUUACAACAAAACUAUUCCUUUUUAAAUUGCAAAUAGGGCUCUUGGUGUUUUUUUACUUUUUUGUAUAUAUCAUACCAUCUGAUUUUCCACUUUUUAUUUCAUUUUAUUGGAAUUAGCUUUUUUUAAAAUCCUAACAGUGACAGAGUUUGUAAUCUCUAGGUAAUGCAGGAUUAGUCCAAUUCCAGCACUUCUACCUUGAAAAGUGUAUCAAUUUUUCUCACAAUUUCAUGAAGUCAUCAAAGUUGGCUCUUGAUUUAAAAUUUGGUCCUUGAGAAACUUUGGCUGUAGAAGCAACAGCACAGAGUGAAUUUUUUUACAAGAUAGGGAACUACAGAACAAUCAUUGUGGACACAGAUAACACUUGUAGCAAAAGAUGAUGUUUUCCUUAUUUUUACAUAAGGUAAAGGAGAUUUUUGGUGACUCUGAACCCUUUAUUUACCAUUUCAGUUUAAAAGUACAAUAUCCAAGAUGAUUAUCUUCAUAUGUGUUGCCCAAAUUUUGAUAAAUCACACUACUUCAGUGCAUAUCUUCAGCAUAUCAGUGGAAUUAAUUUUGUGGCUCACACACAUUAAAAUUGUCAUAUUGUGGGAAUAUUAUAGCUGGUAACCAGCUGUUACUGAUUCUAAUUAUAGGAAUGGUUGUGGUGAUAGUGGUGGUAGCAUUGGUGGUUCUAGCCAUGGUGAUGCUGUGAAGUAAAAGACAAUUAUAUGUUAUAUUGUGCCCAAUUUAUUAGAAAUUAUUUGAUCAAUGCCUCAUUUCAUUAAAAUAUCAUAAAGAUAUAGUAUUUUUUUACUUUAUAAUUUUAAUCAUAACUAACAAUAUUUUUAAAUACUUAUUUUCAUUGCUAUAAUGUCUAAUAUCCCAAAAUCAGCCAACUACAACUAUAUAUGUGUUUAUAACUCUAUGUGUGACAGAGUGAGUUUUCCCUGUUUUGGAGCUUGAAAGGAAAGUGAAAGAAAACUCAAUGAAUUAUAUAACCUGUUUCUUUAAUAAUAAAUACUUGCCUUUGGGGUAAUGAAUGACUGAAGCAGAUAUUCUCAUUGAAUAUGACACAUUGAUGUUUUCUGUUAUGUCCAUGUUGUUUUAUUAAACUGAAAUCACUGAUAAAAUUUAUCUGAUAGAUAGUUGAGAGCAUUUUCUUAAUUUGUUACCCUGUACAUACUAUAAAAUUUGGUAAAAUAGACAAAGUGGAAAUAUUAAUUUCAUUUGGCACUUAGCAUGUGAAUAUGAUUAUUUUAUUGUGUCUGUAUUUGUUUGGUGAUGUGCUCAGGUGCUCCCACUACUGAUAAAUGUGUGUGCUAAUAUCUUAACAACACAUUAAAGAAAAAAAAUUGUUGUCUGAAAGAUAAAAAUCUAUUAAAAUUAUUUCAAAAUAAAAAAUCAUAAAGUACUUGGAGACAUGUCUUGUUUCUGACUAUAUGUUGCAUGCCAUGUUGGUGAUUUGCUAAUGUGUUCUUUGUUAUACCCAAAUCCCUCUGGAAAAACCUAAUGAACAAAUGAAAAUUCUCGGGCUAAAGAUUGUAUAAAUUGACCUGAAAGUACAUGAGAAUUGUAUUUAAAAAUGCCUGUAAAUCUGUCUUGAGUUUUACUCUAUGUAAAAAUAUGUCUUGGUUUUGUGAUUGCAUACAAGAUGUAUCUUGAUAACUUAUGUAAAUUGUGCUGUAUAAAGGCUGUUGCCUCAGCCUUACCAAUAAAUAUU